AUGGGGACUAACUUAUCUAAAGAACAGGCCUUUAUUAAGGACCUUAAGAGUAGCCUUAGAGAAAGAGGAGUAAAAAUUAAGAAAAAGGAUCUUGUUCGGUUUUUCCUUUUCAUUGAUGAUGUCUGUCCCUGGUUCAUUGUCAACGGCCCUGAAAUCCACCCUGCUAAGUGGCAAAAGGUGGGACGGGAUCUUAAUAACAAGUUGAAAACCGAAGGGCCCGAAUCCGUACCCAUUCAUGUUCUUUCCUAUUGGAAUCUGAUCAAUGACAUUGUAGAAUAUGCCUCCCUUGAUGGGGGUACACGACAGUUACUCAUUUCUGCAGAGUCCUGUCUCCGCCUUUUGUCCCGUGCGGCAUCCACCCAGUCUCUCCAAAAAACAGGGAAGCCGUCUUCACCACCUCCGUCAGGGAUCAUUGAGAUCCCUUCCGUCACACCCAAGUCUAUCUACCCCCCACUUCCCAAAGAAGGGACUCCCCCCGUAGAAAGCAAUCUCGCAUACCCCGUCUUCCCCGCCGCUGAACCUAAACUCCCUGUGAAAAAUGAAAGUGAAACUCAGGAUGCCCUUAGCUCCUCAAACGUUGCUGAAUUAGAAAGCGAGGCCGCAGGGUAUAUUCCACCUCCUCACAGCUUGCCCCUUCUUACCGCCCCGAUACUUAACCCCCCUGUCAUCCCGGCCAUUGAUCUCAUCACAGCUAUGCAAGACUUAACUGAAAAAGUAAAAAACCUCCAAGAAGUUCUAGACUUACAAACUCAAUAUCUACAAAUGAUGAACGAACUCUCGGCAUUACAACAAUCUUUACAAAGAACUCUCUCCCUCCCUGUGUCAGGGUAUCAGAGACAAUUACCCAAAGCGGUGAGACCCUUGAAGAAUAAGAAAAACCCCUCCUCACUCACAAAAAUUAAAAACCCCGCUCCUGCACAGCUCGCCUUCCCUGAGUUAAGAAGCCAGAAAACCUCAGUGGCACCAAAGGAGACAGAGGAGGAAGGGGGGGAGGAAGGGGAGGCGGAAGCUUCAGGGGAAGAAGAAGGAGUAACAGAAAGUAGUGAUCAGGAUAGUGAAGCAGAAAUUGACGUAGGGGAAGGUGGUCAAUUUAAAAGCAUAAAGUUCAAAAGCAUAAAAGAUUUACAUUCAGCAGUGAAGGCUUAUGGCCCUAAUGCCCCCUUUACCUUGUCUGCUCUUGAAGCAAUCGGACAAGGAGGGUAUUUAUUACCCGGGGAGUGGAUAAGAGUGGUUCAGGCAGUCCUAUCCAGAGGACAGUUUCUCUCCUGGAAAGCCGACUUUUUUGAUAGAUGCGAAGCGGCUCAAAAAAAUAACCUCAGGACCGCUUCCACAAAGUCGUGGACAUUUGACAAGAUAGCGGGCCAAGGCAAAUAUGCUGCCGAAUCUAAACAACGGCACUUGCCCUUAGGACUUCUGGCACAAACGGCUGCCGCCGCUACCGGCGCUUGGAGAGCUCUCCCUCCAACAGGGUCACCCUUCGUGCCCCUAAAUAAAGUCUUGCAGGGAAACCAAGAAGACUUUUCUGAAUUUGUUAGUAGAUUGCUUGAAACUGCUGAACGGACAUUGGGAGCAGAAGCAGCCAAUGAUCAAAAUGUUAAGAGAUUAGCCUAUAUGAAUGCUAAUGCACCCUGCCGUGCCGUGCUUCGCGGUCAGUGGAAGGAGAAAACCUUAAAUGAUAUGAUUAAGCUCUGCAGAGAUAUUGACCCUGCCUCUACAAAGAUGUCUCAGGCAGUUCACUUAGCUAUCAGCGCCACGUUUCAAAACGGGGCUCCUAGAACAUGCUUCAAAUGCGGCAUGGAAGGACACUUUGCUAAACAAUGUCCAGCAAACCUCGCCGCUAAUCCUGCCCGUCGCGCGGCCCCUACCACCCCUUGCCCCAAGUGCAAAAAAGGCUUUCACUGGGCCAAUACUUGCCGAUCCACACAUGACGUGGCCGGGAAUCCUAUUCCCCCUCCUUCGGGAAAUGGCAAGCGGGGUCAACCCCGGACCCCUCAAGGAUCUGCACAGCCAGCCACGGGGACCAACCUGCCCUCCCACAACUAUACCGGGCAACUGCAGGGAGCGCAGGGGUGGACCUGUGUGCCACCGCCCACACAAUAUUAA